AUGGGUUGUGGCAUUGAAACGCUCCCACCUACUCUUGCAUGUAAGUCUUUUGCAGAUGAAAAUGGUGUUGAAACUGUGGGUGAUGGUACAAUAGACAACACAUUCUUUAAGGCGCUGGAUGUCUCAAAAAUGAUAGGUGUUUCGAAUUCAAGUAAAGUAGUACAAGGGCUCGAAAGUGACGAGUACGUCAAAAUCAAAAUCGAUAACGUUGAAAUACUUUUCGUGACGACACUGGGACUUGUGAAAUUCAUUGUGUCAUCCAGACAGGCCCGUAAAGGCCCAAAUUGCAGAUGGCUGCUUGAAGUUAUCCUCGCCUUUGUAAUUCGGGACCACAUGCAAAUUACUGAGCAUUGCGCAAAUUCUCUCGCAGCAAUCCUACCCGACACGUUUUUACUUGGUUAUCCAACCGGCAUCUACGUUCUUGAGAUCGGAACCGUUGGUAACCUACGCGAUCAGUGCACUCAGUCAACAAAUGCAAACGAUUCAGAUAUAGUGCUCAAGUUCGGGAUGUCAAAGACCAAUAUUUUUCGUCGUUUGAAGGAACACGAUGGCGGAACGAGAUAUACGGCAAUACCUCAAAAAUAUACUCUACCGUUUCACUACAAAAAUCAAACUGAACUGGUAUCUAUCAACCCUGGUGUGUUUGGCUCUGUGAUAGUUCAUCUGAAGGAUAUUUCACUAGACCGGGCAAAAGAGUCGAUGAAACACAACUUAAGCCAUGAAAUUGAGCUCUUGAAACUCCGCAUAAAUACGGCCGAAGAACGCACUAUUGAGCUCACAGAUCGACUCGCCGAAACUCAACAGCAACUCAUUCAAACACAAGCGCGUGCACAACUCGACAAGGUGCAACAGCAUACGUUGCUCAUUGAAGCAAAUGGGGGCGUCAAGGUCGCCGAAGACCAGCUGCGCGAACUCCAAGGUAACUUCAUGAAGAUGUGCGUUCCAGCACGUGUGCGAAAACGGCUCCGUGAUGAUGGAUCGACUUGA